ACAACAGCUCGCUGGUGUUGAGAGUAUGCCAUCUUGAAAAGAAAAGGUACAAAAUAAAAAUACGAUGUUCAUGUUUUGUUUUGGCCAGUGAGCAGAGAAACAAACAGCGCGAUGGCUCUGCGUUUUUGGAGCAGCCCAGUCCGGUUAGAGAGCUAGCGGUGUAGUUUCUAAAGUGUCCAUUUUGAGCGGCAAGCGCCGCUUCUCACGCGAGCUCUCUCAAAUGCUUCCGCUGGCGCUACGGCAGCGGCGGUGAUCUCUGGCUAGGUCCCACUCAGAUCGCGGGAUAUCAUCUGGCCUGGCUGUCCGCUUUUGCGGCGGUUGCGCUAAUUUUUUCGGCGAAAGAUAGGCGAUCUUCCUGAGCAUCCAAAGUGCAGACCUAGCCUCCCCACGUUAUCUCCUCAACAGCGCAUGGCGUUCAAGCUGCAACUCCGCGCCUGCAAUCCGAUGUUAUGAACCUUCAAGGUCUAUUUGAAGACUUCAAUCCUAGUCGUUUUCUAGUCUACUGUUGCUUGUUGGCAUUUACCCUGCUCUUCUCGCUGAGGCUUGAUGGCAUCAUCCUGUGGAACUUCUGGGUCGUGUUCUUGCCGCUGUGGAUAUGGAAGUUCAUGGUCAUCAAUGGCGCCGUCGUCGGAAGUUACGUCUGGUGGACCCAUCCGCAGUACAGGCACGAGAGCGACGGGCACGUGCACUACAAGGCCAUGGUCAUCAGCCUCUUCCUGCAGCUGCUGCUCCUCGUCUUCGAAGUGCUCGUCUGCGACAACCUGCAGAGCGACCGGCACCUCUGGACGCUGGUCUUCAUCCCACUUAUCUUCAUCUCGGUCACAUCCAUCGCUGUCUGCAUCUGGGCCGUCAAGCACGACCGCUCCUUUGAGCUGGAACUCUUUUGUUCGGUGAACGUCUUGCAGUUCAUCUUCCUGGCAUUGCAGCUAGACAAGUUCAUCGUGUGGAGUUGGGUGGUGGUGUUUGUGCCGCUGUGGAUAGUGAUGUGCCUGGCGGUGAUCGGAGUCCUGUACGCCAUCAUCUUUGCGAGCAUCUUGCUGCGGACGCCGGAAGUGAGCCACGAGCAGCGGCGCACCAGCCUCCACUCGGCGGUGUCGUACAGCAUGAUUGUGGGACCAUUGCUCGUCUUUCUGGUGCUGUUGUCCAACAAGCUAGACAGCGAAGAGAGCCUGGGCUACACGGAGACGUGCACCCCGCUCUACGUCACCUUUCUCGUCCUCAUCUUCCUGUCCUUUGGCUCCAAGGGAGGCAACCACUGGUGGUUCGGCAUCCGCAAGGAUUUCUGCCAGUUCCUCCUGGGAGCCUGUCCCCUGCUUCAAGAGUACGGCAACAUCUCGUACAGCCUGCACAACAACGAGGUGGAUGGGUCGCCGCCCCGGGAGACUACCGUGGCACCCGAGGUCAAGAUCGCGCCCCGCCAGAGGCCCCGGCCCUCCAUCUUGGCAGAGCCCCGGCCGGUCGUGGCGGCACUGGCCAUCGACACGCCGGACUGAGGGGUCCACGGAAACAUGCAGUUUUCGGAUCUGAGCUUGCUAGGAGGCCGAAGGCUGGUUUACACAUUGGCAUAGCAGCAUGACCGACCGCGUUGAAGGCGUACACUUAAAGUUGAACCUAAAAGGAAAGGUCUCACGCAUCUCGGCAGCUUCGGAGCGGCGGCGAAUGGACGCAGACUUCAGUGGCCUCGAUGCGACCGUAUUGCUGCCGACGAUUUGAUAUCUUCGAAGGAGGAAAACAUAGCUUCCAAAAUCUGUAUCUACCGUGCAUCAAAAAAGGAAUUAACGGUGCUUUUUUUUUAUUGUAAAAAAUAAACUAUGCAUCGCCGAACGCUCAUUCUCCGCCCAAAUGUAGGACUGGCGGACCAAACGAGAUGUCAAAGUUUAAGAACAAAACCUUUUCCUUAUUCAAAAGCUAUAUGUGAUUUUAUUGAAAUUUCAUUUUGGUAACUGGUACCUUAGAGCUCCAUAUAUUCGAGAGCUCUGGUGGCCGCCAUUUUCCCAUUUAAAAUUAAAUAAAAUUAACUUUUAACUUAAGGAUGAGGUAACGGUUAGUGCUGAAACUUUGGCUCGUGCUGAAACUUUGCCUCGUUCGGGCCGCAAGUGGUACAUUUGGGCAGAGAACGAGCGUUUGGCGAUGCAUGGUUCAUUUUUGCGGUAAAAAGAAACCUCUAACCACUUAAUGCCCUGUUGUCCAUUUAGUGUUUUUCUAGCUUUAUUUUGUAGAAAAACGCCGGCGGCUUGCGCCGUAUGAAAACAUAUCAAUUUGGCAAGCACUCGAACAACUUCAACCCGUCGCGACAACACGAACGUGUCUAACCAAUGUUUUCUGCUUUCUUUCUCAACUUUACUGUUGCUCCCUUUCUCGUUCUUUCUCUCGGUGCUUACGAUUUGUCGAGGUCCGCUCCCAUCUUGACCCCCUUGUUGCAACCGGCACACUGGUGCCAUCUAGCAGACAGCCCUAGAACAUUUCCGUCCUGCGUAUAAACUUAACCGAAGGUUCUCUGUGUUUGUGAAAUGAAAUCUGUACACUCUCUACGAAAAAUGUCACUUGCAUAACACUGUGAUAAUUAUUUCGAGACCAUAGACAAAUAAUGUGCAAGAACAGAAGAAGAAAUACGAGAAAACGUAUGCGGAGAGCAAGUCGUCUGCUUCUUGCGUAAGAGUUACGGUGACGUCAGAAUGACGCCGAGCUCUGAUUGGCUUUGAUUGAAAGGGUAGUGGGCAGACCUCAAUGCUAGAUGUCUUAAUUUCUACCCACUAUAUUUUUCGAUCGGCCAAGGAUAGCUCUGUGUUCUGGCAUCACCACAACCCCUGUGCAAGGAGCGGACGAACUUGCGCUCCGCCUAGGCGAAUUGGAAGUUUUCUAGGGCCACUUGACGGGUGGCACUAGUGUGUCCCUUCAUCGUAAGCAAUCGCCCGAGGAUGCAACACAGUCGGUCAGACUCAAGCGCAGAUCUGUGGACCAGCCUUUGCGUGUUGCAGGGGGACGGGGGGGCCGACCGACUCGUCACGUGAGCGGCACCGUCUGGUGGCGCAAACUGUAAUUGGACCGUUGCUGCACUGACGGCGGCUAGGAAAGUGUAGCACUUCACGUUCGAGAGUCUACGGGAGGUGGAAAUGCUUUCUUCGCUAGCUCUGGUUCGCUCUCGCUUAAUUUGUUUUUGGUGCUGCAGACGGGCUGCGACGCAAGACAAAGAGUUUAUGUUGGACGAAUGGUUUUGACAGUGGGCUGAUUCGAGUGUUGUAUGCUAUGUACGGGACAGCGUACACUGCUCUUGAGCUAAAGAAGUCUGCACUCGCAACUUGCGUUUGAGACUGCGUCUACAUCUCUAUUUUCUUUGUUUGAGUAAUGCAUCUAGGUUGCUAGAUGACGACCCGACCCGUCGCGUUUGUCGGAUGUAAUUGGGGCAUCUUGGAAAGUCCCUUUCUCCCAGCUCGGAUAUAUUUUAUCUUCGAACAGUUCAUCGGUGCCUUUGCUUCUUGCCUGAAAGGCUGCAAGUUGGAGCCGGAAGCUCAGGAGCGCCACGUUAGAGAGGUGGAACUUUGCGGUAGACGUUAUGCCUGCCAAAAGGUUUGUCUUCGAUGGCAGCCUUUGAUUUCUCCUCUUUGUUGUGCGCGUGAGAGAACCCUCAGUUUCAGCGAAAGAAGCACGAAUCUUGAUGACGGUUCACAAAUUCACGCUUCAUCUAACCCUAAUCCCACGUUUGCUGACCAAGAUUUACGAAGUGCUCCAUCUCUCUCUUAAGGGUACGAAUGCCACGGCAGUUUGCAGCACCUACACACUUAUUCUGGGUCAGCGGUGCGAACUGGAGUUUUUAACAAACGGAACGGUUUGCGCCACAGUGCUCUCAUCCAUCGCCUUCUUCCAAAGCGAAAGGAGACAUGCAAGUUCCCAGUAGCUCCACGGAUCGAUGCAGCUCCCUCUCAGGAAAACGCUCGACGAGAACAAUGAAUGUUGCCUGCAUGUGGUCACACACAAAAAAAAAAAAAAAAAAAAAAGGAAAAGCGACGUUUGAAUUUUGCUGACGGGACGGUAGUUUGGCACUCCGUAGUAUACUUGGCACCUAAGCGAUGCCUCAGUGCUUAGAGCAGGUGUGCCUUUUUGUGCCUUAUGAGUUCAAAGAGCCAGUUUGUGCAGACUUCAGCGUGCGUCUCUUCUCGUCGCUGCCGGUUUUUUUUUCCGUCGUUUAACGGCAGCUGCAUCCUCAAAAGUUCAGUCGUGGGCAUCUGUUUCGCCCCUACCCAACGUGUCGUCAUUCUUUGUUUUCGUUGGUGUUGUGCAGUUGUUGCGUUUGUUUAGGUGUGUACCCACGGCCGGGCGGCUUAAUUGUGUCGGAGGGGGUGGAGGCGCGUUGUGUUUCUGCAAUUGACUAUGCAUAUCAGCUGCCCCUCUACCGACCCCUGCGACGUCUCCGUUUUGUUCGACGUGCAACUAGUCCUUGUACAUAACCCAGAAACUUCUGUUUUUUUGUUUGUUUUUUUCUGUUCUUUUAGUUUUUGUUUUUAUCUGUAAUCUGUUUGGACACCUUUAUUUAUGAUGCAUUUGUGCGAGUGAUUCUUGGGCGCGGUGUACGGUGAGUGUCCUUGAUUUGUCACGCGAUUAGGUGUCAGCCAUUGGGUUGCCUUGGAAGGAGUUAAAGGGAGGCAAUAUGAGAGGUCUCCAGAUUUCUGCAAUGUUGUGUGAUUCAAGAGAAAUUGAACAAGAAAUUUGCUUGUAUUUAGUUUUCAACUCGACUCCGACUGGCAAUAAAGGCAUAGCUUGUGUGGUCUUUCUGAAGCACAAGCCCAACAAAAGAGUAAGCAAAGUGGUCAGACUUGCAAGUGUCAACAACCUAGGCCUGGACUAGUUCAAGAAACAAGCACAAUCUGGGUCUUUAACCUGUGUAUCACAAACUCUAGCCCCUCCGUCUCUGUGAGGUAACUGAACUCCAAGAAAAGGGACACAUUCUAUGACUGUCUACCACUGAACUUGCAGAAGGAAUAAAAGAUGUCAGUUAAUGUUUA